AUAAUGAGAAAUUACACUGAACUAACAGAGUUUAUUCUUCUUGGAUUGACGGAUGAUCCACAGUGGCAGGCUGUACUCUUCACAUUCCUGCUUGUUACCUACGUGCUGAGUGUGACCGGGAACCUGACCAUUUUCGCCCUCACCCUUUCAGAUCCCCAUCUGCAGACGCCAAUGUACUUCUUCCUUCGAAACUUCGCAUUCCUAGAAAUAUCCUUCACGUCUGUCUGCAUUCCCAGAUUCCUUGUCACUCUCGUGACGGGGGACAGAACCAUUUCUUAUGAUGGUUGUGUGGCUCAGCUGUUUUUCCUUAUCUUCUUGGGGGUGACAGAAUUUUACCUCCUGGCCGCCAUGUCCUAUGACCGCUACGUGGCCAUCUGCAAACCUCUCCAUUACACCAUCAUCAUGAGCAGCAGAGUCUGUGCACUUCUUGUCUUCAGCUCAUGGCUUGCAGGAUUCCUGAUCAUCUUUCCACCAAUCAUCCUGCUGCUGCAGUUGGAGUUCUGUGCCUCCAAUAUAAUUGAUCAUUUCAUCUGUGAUUCUUCUCCAAUUCUGCAGCUGUCCUGCUCCAGCACUCGCCUUCUAGAACUCAUGGCAUUUUUCUUAGCUGUGGUCACACUCAUGGUCACGCUAACACUAGUUAUUCUCCCCUACACAUAUAUCGUCCGGACGAUUCUGAGACUUCCUUCCACAAGUCAAAGGAAAAAAGCCUUUUCCACAUGCUCCUCCCACAUGAUCGUUGUCUCCCUCUCUUAUGGCAGCUGCAUCUUCAUGUACAUUAAGCCUUCGGCAAGGGAAAGGGUGACUUUAAGCAAAGGAGUGGCUGUGCUCAAUACCUCAGUGGCCCCUCUUUUGAAUCCUUUUAUAUACACUCUACGAAAUCAGCAAGUGAAGCAAGCCUUCAGGAACAUGGUCCAGAGAAGGGCCUUUUCUUCAAACCAAUGAAUUUUUGUUAAAGCACCUCUGGAAACAAAGCGAAAUGAAAAACUCUUUCUCUGCAUAAAUUCUUUCAACACUUCAUUUCGCUCUUUCAGUUAGAUGUAGUUAUAAAUCAUCAAUGCCUCUUACUAGCCUAAAACAAG